CCUUGUUCCCUCCCCUUCAGAUCAAAAGGUGGAAGGGUGUGUGUAACCACCAAGAGGUGACAGUCAUUCCAUGACACACAUGUUGUGUAGAGCACAGUUCAAACCAGAUUUAAUCAUAAGGAAGUGAAACUCAGAGGAGUCGUUGUCAGACUCACUGUCGCUGGGAGGUGAAAUGGCGCAGAAAGGGGUUCAACUGGACCGGGAGACCUUCUCCUGUUCGAUCUGUCUGGAUCUCCUGAAGGAUCCGGUGACUAUUCCCUGUGGACACAACUACAGCAUGAACUGUAUUAAAAGCCACUGGGACAAAGAGGAUGGGAAGAAAAUCUACAGCUGCCCUCAGUGUAGGCAGACCUUCACACCGAGGCCUGUCCUGGUGAAAAACACCAUGUUAGCAGUUUUAGUGGAGGAGCUGAAGAAGACUGGACUCCAAGCUGCUCCGGCUGAUCACUGCUAUGCCGGACCUGAAGAUGUGGCCUGUGAUGUCUGCACCGGAAGGAAACUGAAAGCCUGCAGGUCCUGUCUGGUCUGUCUGGCUUCUUACUGUGAGAAACACCUUCAACUUCACUCUGAACUGGAUCCAUUCAAGAAGCACAAGCUGGUGGAGCCUUCUAAAAAGCUCCAGGAGAACGUCUGCUCUCGUCACGAUGAGGUGAUGAAGAUGUUCUGCCGCACAGAUCAGAAGUCUAUCUGUUAUCUGUGCUCCAUCGACGCGCACAAAGGUCAUGACACAGUCUCAGCUGCAGCAGAGAGGACCAAGAGGCAGAAAGAGCUGGAGGUGAGCCGACAAAACCUCCGGCAGAGAAUCCAGGACAGAGAGAAAGACGUGAAGCUGCUCCAACAGGAGGUGGAGGCUGUCGAUCGCUCCGCUGAUAACGCAGUGGAGCAAAGUGAGAAGAUGUUCGCUGAGCUGGUCCGGCUGAUGCAGAAGAGAAGCUCUGAGGUGACGCAGCAGGUCAGAUUCCAGCAGCAAACUGAAGUGAGUGGUUACAGAGCGCUUCAGGUGAAGCUGGAGCAGGAGAUCACUGAGCUGCAGAGGAAAGACGCGGCGCUGGAUAAACUCUCACACACAGAGGAUCACACCCAGUUUCUUCUCGACUAUCCCCCACGGUCACAACUCGGUGAGUCAACCGACUCGUCCGGCGUCAGUAUCGGCCCUCGGAGGGACUUUAGGGAUGUGAUAGCAGACGUUUCAGAACUCAGAGAUAAGCUCCAAGAAGUUCUGAGAGGGAAAGGGACGAACGUCGCUCAGACAGACGUGACUCAAGUGGACGUUUUGAUGUCGCAACCAGAGCUGAGGACCAGAGCUGAGUUCUUGAGAUAUUCACAUGACAUCACGAUGGAUCCAAACACAGCAAACGCGCGGCUGUUAUUGUCUGAGGGGAAUAGGAGAGCAACAUUAAGGACACACUGCCAGCCUUAUCCCGCUCACCCAGACAGAUUCACUGACUGUUGGCAGGUCCUCAGUCGACAGAGUCUGACUGGACGUUGUUACUGGGAGGUGAAGUGGAUCGGAGACGGAGUUUGUGUAGCGGUCGCAUACAAGGAUAUCUGCAGAGCAGGAAGCUGGAAUAAAUGUGGAUUUGGACAAAAUGACAAAUCUUGGGCGUUGGAUUGUUACAACAACAAUUCUAACUUUUGGCACAACAAAGACAAAUCCCCAGCGUCCAAUCCCCUGUCCUCCAGAGUAGGAGUGUACCUGGAUCACAGUGCAGGUGUUCUGUCUUUCUACAGCGUAACUAAAACCAUGACCCUCCUCCGAAGAGUUCAGACGACAUUCACUCAGCCUCUCUAUGCUGGACUUUGGAUAAAUAACUUCACCGCUGAAGACACUGCUGAGUUCUGUAAACUGAAGUAGACAGGAGGUACUUUAGGAACAGUGGGUUCACUUCUGUGUUUUAAUUCUGGAACUUGAUUUUUAUUCACGUGCGCUGCCGUCAAUCAAACCAUAUCAACGUCUUCUCAUCUGUUGUGUAAGUGUUUGAGUUUCUUUCAGUGACACUCCUUCCUGUGGCCUUUCACUGCUCAUGAGGAUUUUCAAUCACCUGAAAAUGCUGCUAAAAAUAGAAACUUCUCUCUGCCCUUUAAUAUGCAUUUUGAAUUUGAAUUGGUUUUUCAUGUGUGCUAUUUAGUUUUGGGGCUGCUUGGUGGUGCAGCGGUUAGCUCCGUCGCCUCACAAGAUACCUGCUUUUUUGUUUACGUCUUUAUUUUAGAGAUAGGAAAGUGUGUGGGGGAGAGGGAGAGAGAGAGGGGAACAGGAGAGGUUGGUUUUAAACCCCGGCCCCGCCCGCUUUUGAGGACAAGCACUAACCUCUAGGCCACCGGCGCCCCUAAACUCUCUCUCUAAUAUUUAUAUUAAUAAUGAAUGAGAAUUGUACUAUUGGGUGUUUAAAAAACGUAAUUAUCCAUCAAUAAUGAGACAUUUUCGUUUACAUAUCUGAGAUUCUGAUCGAACACACUGAUUGUGGGAUUGAAGAGAAUCAGACUUUACUGAUUGGAAGUGAAGUUUACAUCAUGAAUAAAAAAACAUUUGAAAAUGU